UUUGAAUAACUUGAUAGUUGGUUCUUCAAAAUAUAAUUUGAAAAUGGAGUUCAUAACUUUACUUUGCAAUUCUUUUAGUGUUUUGAGUAAAUCAUUCGAUGCUGCUACCGAAACUUACUAAUAUCGCGGGUUCAAUCGCGUAUACAGAAACCAACUGACAAUUUAAUGUCAUCGUGAUCAGAAGGAAAUGUCAUAUUUUGUAAUUAGCGGAAACCCUAGGUGUGCCUGCUUUGGCCAUGCUCUACAUGUGGCUCGGUAUUUGAAUGAAAAGUUACCGAAUUUUCAAUAUAAAAAAGUGGAAAAAUUGGACUCAGAGUGGGCGGACCAUGUUUUAGAACUCAACAGAGAGAAUAAAUGGUUUAUCCACAAAAGCCCCGUAAUAUGGAAAGAAAUAAACAUGUGGGGAGGCAAAAAGUAUCUAAUUGGAGGUAUCAGUGAAUUCUGGGAGUACGUUUAUUGUUACUACGGUCUCGAGUCAUUGAUUUCAAAAGAGGAAACCGCCAAACUUGCUGCAGAUAAUUUAAAGUUUUUUCUUGAACAACAUCAUGCUGACGCUGAACGGCUUAAUUAUGUUCAGAAUAUAUCCAUUCUUGGUGCUUGCAAUCCUCAGACUCCUAUCCUUCUUCAUGAUUUGAUCGAACUCGACGAAAUAAAAAAAAUUAGUGGUGUCACCUUCAAGUUACAUGACUCCCUUGGACAUAUCGAACAUAAAGCCAUGUUUAUGCAGGAGUGUGCAGACUUAGUUAAUGAACGCUGUAUUUAUGGACAUCCGGAUACUGUGACGGUCGUCUGUGAUGAGGAAGAUGCCAUAAAAUAUGCAGAUAUAAUUAUUCAUGUCGAAGAUUUUAGUAGACACCAAAAUGAGUCCUUUGAUGAAUGGCUGGCACGUUGCUAUUCCAGAAUGAUUCAACUCUCUGAAAUCAUCAACAACAACGAAAAUCGCAACCUACGGAUCAUCUUGAAUAACCAUGGCCCAGUAUGUUUUCUUGCUACAUGUCUUUUGGAAUUUUGCACCAGAGUGAAUCCUAGGAAUAUUGUAGCCGUGACUUCUGAUGAAGGUUUAUCUGUUAUUAAUAUUGUUUCUGAAAGAACUGGAAUCCCAGUCGCUAAAAUCGGCGCCCCUCCUGUUUGGGGUUUCGUGGGUGUCACUUCUUUCGUCGAUGAGAGACAUAUUGUAUUGAAAGCAGAUAUGUACAUGCCAUAUAAAAGGUAA